AUGCCAGGAGUACACGCGACGACUUGGAGAGAGGCGAGGAAGCACAUGCGGGUCACGGAGGACUGGUCGCGCAUGGCGAGCUCGACACUUUUCCAGAUGCGUUCGGGCGACGUGCAACUCGGCGCGCACCUGCAUCGGAUCGGAUGCCUCACCAGCCCGCUCUGCGAGAAGUGCGGCAAGGCUGACGAGACCGUUCGCCACUACCUCUACAACUUCCCGCACUGGCAAGAGGCGUGGCAUCGUAUGCGAGAGGCAGUGGGCGAUCUCUGGUGGGAUCGUGCCCACCUGCUAAGUGGCAAGGACGGCAUCGCGGUGGUGCCGGAGUUCACGAGGGAACCUGGAUGGGACCAGAGAGGGGCGCGGGAGGAUGAGGACGGAAGACCAGAGGAUGGGAUAGGCGAAGCGAAGGAAGAGGAGGGAAGGGACGAGCUAGACGGCCAGUCCGAGGGCGAAGAUGAUGAGGGUGUGCAGGACGGCGAGGAUCUUGUUGAAGUAACAUUUAAUCUUUGA